CGAGGAGCGCGCAUGGAAACCAAUAAAACAUUUCAUCUCGCAAUAUAUAAACGAAAACAAAAACCGAUUUGUGAAUUGUGAAUGCAAAUAAUUUAAUUUUUGUAUAAACAAAAAAAAUCGAUUAUGAAUUCAUACUCCGCGGUAUAUACGGUUAUAGAUGGACAAAAAGUAUAAUAAUCCAAAGAUUUAGUCGUUUCGCAGAAGUUCUUAAAACCACAACACUUCUUUGACUUUGCGUCGCCUCUUCAUCGAAAGUAAAGUAAAAUGUUUUUGUUUUGUUAUAUCGAUCAUAUUGCACGUGCGAUGUCUAAAAUAUUAAAUUGAUUUUGACUUUUAUCGAUAAAAAAACGGUUAUAAAAUGAAUUUCAUUCGUCAAUUAUUUUAAUGAUUGGUUUUCGGUAUAUUGCUUAAUCGUUUAGAAAUAACGAAUAUUAGUCACGAGUAUCACAAUGGCAUCAAAAAUCGUAAUCGUAUUCUCAAUCAUAGUCUUUCUUUCAACAAUUGCCUCAAUAACUAGCAAUCCGGCUAUUGGUAAGAAAUAUGAUCUGAUGGGAGGAUUUGAUUUCUUAGGCAUCUGUCUACGGAAUUGUGCACAGUGCAAGAAAAUGUACGGCAAUUACUUUGAGGGACAAAUGUGUGCCGAUGCUUGUGUUAAAUUCAAAGGAAAAAUCGUUCCUGACUGUGAAGACAUUGGGUCCAUUGCCCCAUUCCUAAAUAAAUUUGAAUGAAACAACGGACAGGAAUAUCCAUAACAAUGCUAUUUAUUACAAAGAAAAUUAAAUUUAAAAAUUUAG